GGAGGGAGAGAAACUCAGUCCUGCCCUGCCCUGCCCUGCCCUGGCGGCACAUGGCAGCAGAGCGCUCGGCUGCUCCACAGGUUAACUAGGGCCGGGCUCCGGCCGGCGCACCCAGGCUCUCUCGGUCCGCCGGGUUGCCGCAGGGAUUAAAAUGCAGCUGGCUGCCUGCUUCUUUUUGGGCUGCGGUAUCUUCCUAGCUUCAGGAUACAACUCCUUCAGUAAGAGUAUGGAGACGAUAGGCAAGAAGCAGUACCAGGUUCAGCAUGGGUCGUGCAGCUACACCUUCCUCCUGCCCGAGACGGACAAUUGCCGGUCCUCCACUCCGUACGUGUCCAACGCGGUGCAGAGGGAUGCGCCGCUGGACUAUGAUGAUUCAGUUCAAAGACUGCAGCUACUUGAGAACAUCAUGGAAAACAACACUCAGUGGCUAAUGAAGCUUGAGAAUUACAUCCAAGACAGUAUGAAGAAAGAAAUGGUAGAGAUCCAGCAAACUGCAGUGCAGAACCAGACUGCAGUAAUGAUUGAAAUAGGCACAAACUUACUAAAUCAAACAGCUGAACAGACCCGCAAAUUAACAGAUGUUGAAGCACAAGUAUUAAACCAGACAACCAGACUUGAACUUCAGCUUUUGGAACACUCUCUUUCAACAAACAAACUUGAAAGACAGAUUUCAGAUCAGACCAAUGAGAUAACAAAACUACAAGAAAAAAACAGCUUUCUAGAAAAAAGAGUUCUUGAGAUGGAAGACAAGCACACACUUCAGCUGAAGUCAAUAAAAGAUGAAAAAGAUCAGCUUCAAGUCCUAGUAUCCAGACAGAAUUCUAUUAUAGAAGAACUAGAAAAACAGUUAGUUACAGCUACAGUAAACAACUCAGUUCUGCAAAAACAACAACAUGAUCUGAUGGAGACCGUUCAUAACUUGCUUACUAUGAUAUCUACACCAAACUCUAAAAACAACUUCAUAGCUAAAGAGGAGCAAAUCAGCUUCAAGGACUGUGCUGAAGCUUUCAAAUCUGGACUGACAACAAGUGGAAUCUACACUUUAACAGUUUCAAACACGGCACAAGAAAAGAAGGCCUACUGUGACAUGGAAACUGGUGGAGGAGGUUGGACAGUUAUUCAGAGACGUGAAGAUGGCAGUGUGGACUUUCACCGGACAUGGAAAGAGUAUAAGAUGGGAUUUGGUGAUCCUGCUGGGGAAUACUGGCUGGGAAAUGAGUUUGUUUCUCAAUUGACUAAUCAGAAGCGUUAUGUUCUUAAAAUACACCUGAAAGACUGGGAAGGAAAUGAGGCAUAUUCAUUGUAUGACCACUUCUCUCUAGCAAGUGAAGAACUAAAAUACAGGAUUUACCUUAAAGGACUUACUGGGACAGCGGGCAAAAUAAGCAGUAUAAGCCAACCAGGAAAUGAUUUUAGCACAAAGGAUGCAGACAAUGACAAAUGUAUUUGCAAAUGUUCACAAAUGUUAACAGGAGGAUGGUGGUUUGAUGCUUGUGGUCCUUCUAACCUCAAUGGAAUGUAUUAUCCAUUACGACAGAACAACAACAAGUUUAAUGGGAUCAAGUGGUACUACUGGAAGGGUUCGGGAUACUCUCUCAAAGCUACAACUAUGAUGAUACGACCAGCAGAUUUCUAAAUGUUUUUGAAUUAUGUGAAUUGUAUAGUCUUCAAAGACUUAAUUUGCCAAGCAUAUAAACACACAUCUGCAACUUGUCUCAUUUUUCAAGCCCAGAAAACAUGCACUAGUCCUCUGAAAGGGGUCAGUUCAGUAUAACUCCUGAAUUGCAAUAGCCUUGAUUAGCUAAAGCUCAUAUUAUUUAACCAGACACAAAGUCUAAAGCAUCAACUUGAUAUAACAGUGAUUUGGCCAAAUGACUGAAUAAAAAGAACAUCCAAGAAACUGCCAGACAAGGACUCUGUUUUACCAAUCAUUUAUGCUAUGUAUGUGUUAGUAAGUAACUGGAACUGUGAAAAAAACCCUAAAAUAGUUUUAGAAAUACGCGUUUUGCCUCACCACUGUACUUUAAACAUUAAUAUAAAACACUUAGCUAGAUCUAGAACUAUUUAUCUUUAUCUUUCUGUGUCAUGUUUGCCCUUUAUGUAUAUAAAAAAAUAUUUUCCUGUAAUUAGCUCAAUACUGUAGUCAGAGAACACAUUCUUUCCCUCCAUAAUCUCCUAAACAAUUCUUACAUUUAUUUGGGGAUUUUUUCCAAUAGCCUAUAUUAUGUUAUUUAACAGAGGAAAAAUAGCAUUUGAAUAGUUUGCAUUUAUUCUUGGGGAAAUACCAUGUACAAAACCCACCAUUUCUUUCAGUUUGUACUAUUACAGUAACUAUCUUUAAAUUACAAAAACCUCUAUAAAUUACAAAAAUCUCUAUAAAUUACAAUAUAGUAUGUAUUUCUUUAUAUUUUUAUGAAGAUUGUGCCUUUUUUCUUCCCUGUCAUUUACCUGUAAAAUAAUUGAUCAGUAGUCUACAAACUGAGACAACGGCAUUAACACCAGAUGUCCGGUUGUCUAUGACAAUCAUUUAUCACCUGGUGCUGUAGUAUAUCUAUAUGUUUUGUAAAAAUAACUUAUCUGAAAAACAUAUGCAUGUUCUUUGAUACAAUUAAAAUUAUGCUUACGAUACAAAUUACUACAUUUUAAAAACAGGAAACAAAAAUCUGAAAGUAAUCUAAAAGGUCACACUGUUGUUUUUUUUCAGUAAGGUUAGGAAUUCUCCCUAAAAAUUCUCUGUAGGUAGGCCCUUAAUGUAUGCCACAAUGUGAAUAAAUUACUUUAUUAGGUGAUCCUUGCUUUUUUUUCCUCCUUCUCAUUUUGUUACUACAUGCCUUAAAAUUGCGUACUAAACACUACAGUUCAGACUGAGAAGAUAUUUCUUCAUAAAUCACACAAAAUAAUUUUACGGAGAUUUUUCCCAAAAUUAAGUUUAGCUUUUACUUCUCAUGCUUAGUCUUAGCCUUAAACUAUUAUUUUUGUAAAACUUUACUUUCAGCAGAUGACUGAACUAGUUAAAAUGCAAGAACACAGCCCAAAACAAGAAAAAAUCCUCAGGCAAAAAAUUUCAGCAAGCUUAGUUAACAAAAAGGGCAACAAGGCUUGUUAAAGGUCUAGAAAACAUGUCUUAUGAGGAACAGCUGAGAGAGCUGGGAUUGUUUAGUCUUGAGAAGAGGAGGCUCAAGGGGGACCUCAUCACUCUCUACAACUACCUGAACAGAGGUUGUAGCCAGGUGGGGGUUGGUCUCUUCUGCUGCACGUGCAGUGAGGGGAAUAGAGGAAAUGGCCUUAAACUGAGACAGGGGAGACUCAGAUUAGAUGUCAGGAAAAAAUUUUCACUGCUAGAGUGGCCAGGCAUCGGAACAGGUUGCCCAGGGAGGUGGUGGAGUCAUCAUCCCUGGAGGUGUUUUAGAGGCACCUGGAUCUGGCACCGGGUGAUGUGGUUUCGGGGUUACAGUGGCAGUACUGGGUUGAUGGUUGGACUGGAUGAUCUUGUAAGUCUCUGUCAACCUUGAUGAUUCUAUGAUUCUAUCUUGAAAACAGUAAAUGAUUUUGAGAAAGAUGGAAGGAGACUCUCCAUUUUAUAGUGACAGUCAUUAAAGCCGCUGUCAGAGAACCCCACCACUCACACCACCACCAUUCUUCACUAAAAAUGUGUCAUCGUUACUAAAGGAUAGCGGAUACAAAAAAAUAUUUCCAAUAUUACUUCAUGAUCUGAUUUUAGAUAAAUCUAAAGAAUGUAAAUUAACAGCCAUUGUCUGAAGACUUGUAAAAAUAGUUUACUUAAAAUUACUGUUUAAUAUUUUAUUGUUUUUCAUAGCAAACUUGUAAGGAUAUAUGAAUCCCAAACUAAAACAAAAUAUGUCAUAAAAUUGCUUUCAUGAAUUCCUAAGAAAUGUCUUAGAGAGCAAGUAGUAAAGGAGGUAGCAAAGGAGCUGUGCAUACCAAGUACACAACAUACAAAGAGAGGCCUAGAGAGUUGGCAUUUUUCAGGCUAGAGAGAGAAGGGGAAGGAGAGACCUUACUGCUGCCUAGAACUGCCUGAUCGAGGACACAGAGAAGACAGAGCCAGACUCUUCUGGGAGGUGCACCGCAGUGAGACAAGGGACAGGGACAAGCAAAUACAAAGUUGGAAUUGGAAAAUGUAAAUUUUCUUUUUAAUUUAUUCUCUCAUUACCAUGAGGGUGGACUGGACGAGUCCCUUGGAGCAGAGUGUUGAACUAGGCAACCUGCAGAGGUCCCUGCUAAUCUAAAAUAUUUUAUGAUCCUGUGAAAUCUAAUAGAAAUGCUGAGUAUACAUUCCUGCAUUUCCUGCUUUGCUGCCUUUAAUUAGACAACUAAAGAAAAUGCUCCCAAUAUUUGUGAUACUAAGCAUAUCCACCCCAAUAAUGUACAGCAAGGGAAAAAAAAAAGCCAACAAAACCAAACAAACCAACCCCCAAAAAGCUUCUUAAAAACCAUGAUGGAAUCUGGCACAGUAUGAAUGCUCAACUUGGCAGAGGAAAAUAGUGUUAACUUCCAGUUGACAUUAAUUUUAUUUAUUUUGGAAAAAAACAUUGUAUGACAAAAAUAAUUUAAUAUUGCAUGGCUAGUUUUGAUUUGUUGAAAACAAGUCUUUCUAAAGCUUAAGACUUUUUCAUGACUAUUCUGGGAAAGUGAUCAAAUAUAUUGAUGUAGAUAUUGAAUAGAUCACCUGUUUAAUGCGACUUUUUCAUUUUGGGGGAAAAUGGAGCAAUUUAUCAACACGAAUGUGAAAUUUUAGAGUGAAUAUGUUUUUAAAUGACAUUUUAUCUAAAGAGGAUUGCAUGGCUUCAACUGCAAACACCAAAGUGAAGUGAGAGGAAACAUUUCAGAAGGAAUGAAAUAACAAUAAACACUUGAUUUAUAACAAAAAUAAAGUUACUGUUUAAUUGAUUAGAACAUAUGAAGUACUGAUACUCACAGGUCUGCACAGGUAUACAAUGCCCCCGAUACGCACACUUUUGCACUUGUUCCUGAUUCAGUAUUUGAGAAUGAUCAUUACAGGCAGGAAAAAUGCUUCAUUUUUUCCUACUUAGCAGUUCUAGAAGGCCACAGUAAUUUUCCAUUGCCCAAGAAAUUUCUGGACCAAAAAAAUUGAGUCCAGGACCUGCAAACCUUUCCAUUUGGCAAUAGCAUGCCUCUCCAUUUUAUAUACAAGCACAGGUAAAAAUAAAAUUAAAGUACAUUUAUACUUUGAUAAGAUCCUGGUCUAUUCAGAUGUUAAUUGGUGGAUCAAUUUUUUGCAUUUUCCACGCAUACCAGAGUUUUUGCACACACUUCAAAAAGUAGUGGACAAAGGAGAAAAUAACUCCUUACAGUAUUUGCUUUAAAAAAUACUUUUUUCUAGUAGGCUUUCUUGUUCCCAAAACCUGUUUAGAGGGCCAGUCAUUUCCCAGAUAAACAAAAGAAGGUUCAGAAGCUUAAAGGACCAUUAAACUUACAGGAGCUGCAGGAAAGCUGGACGAAAGCUCAUAUGGUUCCUCUGAAAUCCAAUGGCCCAGUUCCAAAGACCACAGAACCUAGAAUUAAAUAGGUAGUAAGUAGAGCUCUUAUAGUUUCUAAAAAAAUAAACUCUUUGAAUGUGUAAUUAGAAGUGACAGUGCUGUUGCAACAGUUGUUUGAUAUUUCAUUUAUCCAAACCAAAUGAUUUGCUGAAAAAUCACGCAAUCAGAGAAGAUACAAAUUUUACAACUGAAACAAACCAUUAAAAUACCAGCCAUAUUUCUAUGCAUAGCUACAUUAAAAUUUAAAACCUUGUGAAGGUAUCAGAAAAGUCAACUUAUUUUCAUCACAAUACAUAGAAUUAGAACAAAGAUUCCAAAAGGGAAGUUAUACUAUAUCAGUUCUGUUCUCUUGGUUCAGUUAAUCAUUGAACUUCAUGAGGUUUCUGCUAGCUCAUUUCUCCAGCCUCUCAAGGUCCCUCUGAACAAGAAUACCCAUCUGGUGUAUGAAACACUCCUUCACAGUUUUCUAACAUCUGCAAACUUGCUGAGGUUGCACUCUUCCCCAUCAUCCAGAUCAUAAAUGAAGAUGUUAAACAAUGGUGACAAGGAUUAUGUAACAUCCUUCCAGCAGUUGCCAUCUGGCACCUCUUAAAUACAAGCCAAAGCAACCAAUGCUACCUAGGAGUACCUACCCUGCUCUCCUAGAGCAACAGAGAGUAUUAAGGGAACAAGAAGCAUACAUAUACCCCCAAAAUGGGAUAUAUGGAAUUUACCAGAGAGUAAAUCCCUGUUUUAGAAUAAUUCUAACUCUGUCACAUUUACCCUAAAUAGCUCUCUCACCAUUUUAAAUAGAUGAUGCCUGUUUCUUACUGUUAGGACAGCCAGGCACCAUUAAACUGUCAUUAUUCACCUUAGAACAAGCUGAAUUUCAUCAGUGCGUGAAAUUAUUCCCAUGCUUGUUUCACAAUAACUGAAAUACUCUGUAUUUUUCUUUCUUUUGGAAGAUGCCAUACAAAUCCAUAUAUUAUUAUUUUUAAUAAUAAAACAUUACCUCAUAAAAUUUAGGAACAAGUCUGUGAGCUAUUCCACUUAGAUAAAAACUGGCCUUGUAGAUAUUGAGCAUGGUAAAGUUAUCCUCUACAAUGUUAAAGCUCAUUGAUGAAAAAUUUUAAGCUGAACAGAGUGAUUAUAAACUAGCAAAAUAACUUUAUAAAAUGGCCUAAUUGUAUGUAGGAAAAUAAGUUUCUGUGAAGGACUUUUUUGCCCCAAAUCUAUUGCUACAUGAAGUAAAAUUCCAAACUCGUUUUUGAUAAAAAAAUUAUUUUCUAAAUUAAGUUCUGUAGUUUUCAGUUGAAAGCAGCUUAUGUCUCACGACUUCCAGGGAAAACAGCAGCUUUUAAUGUGAACUGCUACAAAAGCUGGUGCUUUGUGUGAUGUGACAAGUCAUAUUUGACUUGUGAGGGGAGGUAUCUAAUUUUGCAGGUGACUAGAAGUGAACAGUGAUUUGUUGCUGGUAAUAAAAAGCAGCAUAUCUUCAAACUUAUUGUUGAACUUGAUCACAGAAUUCCAAAGAAUAUUAUGUUUUCUUUUAGAAGAUGUACAACCAAAUAUUUGAAAAUGCAACGCAUAUACAAAAAAAGAAAAUAAUUUCUACAGUCAUUAUAUCAUACCAAACAUAAAAAUAAGAGUUAAGCACAUUAAUAAAUCAGUGACAUUUAACAAAUAUUCAAAACUCAAUAAUGCAUUUCUGUGUUCAGCUAAGUAUAGCAACUUCUUAAAAACAUACAGACUGCAACUUAGGAUUGUAAAUUAUAAAUUUUAAAGUGGUAGCUGUGUGUAUUUUUUACAAUUAC